UAAGUUUACACCAAGAACCCAACAAAGAAGAGAACUUUCCUCUGUUUCCUCAUCUCCAGGAUAGUAAUCAAAGAAGAAGAAGAAGAAGAAAAGAUGGUUCUGUUCCCAUCUUUCUUCAACGGCUUGGCGAGAACGAUGUCCUCAUCGUCCUCGUCGUUGAAGAAAACGAAGAGAAGCUGCGGAGGAGCUGACUAAGGAUGCUAAACGCAAUGAGCUGAUUCUGAGCUCCUCUGGGAUUGUGAAGUCAACCAAGUCCAACAAUUUCGCUUCCGUCUGCUCUAGGAGAGGCCAGAAGGGCGUCAAUCAGGAUUGCCUCGUCGUUUGGGAGGAAUUCGGGUGCCAGGAAGACAUGACGUUCUGCGGGGUGUUUGAUGGUCACGGGCCAUGGGGCCAUGUGGUGGCCAAAAAGGUUCGAGAAUCAGUCCCGCCAUCUCUGCUCUGCAACUGGCAGAAGACUCUGCAAUCCUCUCUCGACGUGGAGAUGGAAUUGGGAGGUAUAUUGAAUCAAAAUGAGGACGACUUGAUUCUCCGCCACAGCAACCAGCAGCACCGGUUCGAGAUCUGGAAGGAGUCGUAUCUCGAGACUUACGCCGCCAUUGAUCAGCAGCUGAAACAGAGCCACCCCAAGAUCGACACUUUCUUCAGCGGCACCACUGCUCUCACCAUUGUCAAACAGAGGAACCAUCUGGUGAUCGCCAACGUCGGCGAUUCGCGAGCUGUGUUGGCCACAAUUUCGGAUAAUGGCGCCCUGUCAGCUGUGCAACUCACCGUCGAUUUCAAGCCCAAUUUACCUGAGGAAGCAGAGCGAAUCAAGAGCUGCAGAGGCAGAGUGUUCUGCCUGCAGGACGAGCCAGGGGUGUACAGAGUGUGGAGGCAGAGCGGGAAGACGCCAGGGCUGGCGAUAUCCAGAGCGUUUGGCGACUACUGCCUCAAGGAAUUCGGGCUGAUCUCUGUGCCCGAUGUGACCCAACUGAGCAUUACGAGCAGAGAUCAGUUCGUGAUCCUGGCGAGCGACGGCGUCUGGGAUGUGGUGUCGAACCAGGAAGCAGUGCGGAUCGUUGCUGCUGCGGCGGCGGCGGCGGCGGGAGAUGGUGGUGGAAGGGAGAAAUGUGCGAGGAGGCUGGUGGAAUACGCGUCUCGAGCGUGGAAGCGGAAGCGAGGCGGGGUGGCCAUGGAUGAUAUGUCGGCGAUCUGUCUCUUCUUUCAUGAGGUUGAGCCGUCGCCGGGAGGAGAUGGCGCGGAGAGUGAGAAGAAGAAGUGUUUGGAUUAGGGUGACGGACGGACCAUUUUGGGAGAUGAUCGGAUGGGGUAAAAAUGUACAGGGGAGUGGGUAAAAGAGCAAAGGUGAUAUCUUUUUAUGAUGGUUAAGGUUGGUUGAAGGUGUUAACAUUCGUGGUAUUUGUAAUGGUUUGAUAAUGUUCGUUAGUGAAUCUUGUUGUAUGGGAAAAGCACAGAUAUAUUUUGUUGGACGAUUGAUUGAUUCAAAAUACUUAUGAAAU